AUGGCGUCCGCAAAGCCGCCGGCCGGGCACUUCAAGCUGCUCUACUUCGCCGCCGCGUCGACGUACACCAAGAAGGACGCCGAGCCCUUCGCGGCCCCGCUGCCGGCGUCGCGGCUGUUCGACGUGCUGGAACGCGCUUACCCGGGCAUGAAGGCGGCGGUGCUGGACAGCUGCGCCGUGACCGUGAACCUGCAGUACAUCGACUUGGAUGAUGGCGAUGCCGGCUUGACGAUCAAUGAAGGCGAUGAGGUUGCGCUGAUCCCGCCGGUCAGCUCCGGCUGA